AUGGCGUUACCCGUGACAACAUGGGGCUCUGGCACCUCGCCAGCCCUCGAUCUUAGUUUCUCAGCCUCGUGCGACGCUAGUAAUAGCCUUGAGACACCAGGUUGGUGGAAUGAAAACGAUCCCACCGUUCAGCCGCCAUAUUCCACCAGCUUUAGUCAAAGCAAUCUACAAUCUACGAGCCACAAUGUGAGACUAGAAGGACUAGGGAUCUCUUACGACUCAGCCGCAUUCGACUUCGGCGCUCUGAACGAGAGCUAUUCGGCCCCCAGAGCCUCAGCCUCGUUCGAUAUGGCUAGCUAUGGUGCCAUGUACAACAGACCAUCACACCAUUAUGCGCAACCUCAAGUGCCGUCCACCAGUCAACCAGUCUCGCGCUCUCCCUCACCACGCGUCGAACCCCGCUUCCAUCGUUCUAAGUCAUCAAGUCAUCAUCGCUCUAGCCAAUCGUCAAGACGCAAGUCUAGCCAUUCUUCCCAACAGUCCUCACGGCAGACGAGCGUAAAUAAUGGCGGUGUUGGCUUCGUCAACUUCACGCCAGACGACAGCCGCAAAAUCCUCACAGGUGUCGCACCCAGCGGUUCCAGCAAGACAAAGGCACGACGAGAGAAGGAAGCCGCCGAUAAGCGCAGGAAGCUUAGUCGAGCGGCUAUGAAGGCUGUUAUAGAGGCCGGUGGUGAUAUUGACAGUCUGAGGAGGUUGGAGAGGGAGGGUCUGCUGGUCAUGGAAGGGUGA